AUGAGCGAACAAGAAGUCCCCAGGGUGUAUCUCGGACCCUCCACUGCGAUAAGUAAAUGGGCGGCUACUGGUGGUGAUAAUGUGGUGCUUCUUCAUAAAAAAGAGCAUCCAAGAGUUUCACCGCGGGGCUUUGCUGAGUACUUUCUGGACCUUAUGCUUCUUCCGGCCUCAUAUCAACCCGCGCUUCCUUCACCAUGCUCUAUGUCAUCUUUCAAGUGGUACUUAUAUAUGGAAACUAUCAACAGCGUUUUACGACUCGUGGUUGGGAGUUCCACAAGGACAUUGCAACGAAGUGAAAGCCAGUUAGGCAACCUUCUGAUCUUCGGUAAAGCUUUAACGUUGACUCUCGUACCCACCUUCUAUCGUGUAACUUAUCAGGUUAGCAACAGCCCUCAAGAGGUGUCCUGUGAGGCACAGUGCAACUCCACCCCCUGGUAUCAAUAUUUUGAAAGCUGGGCUUAG